AUGGUUGGUCUGAUCAAGGCGUGGUUGGCGAUCGAAUAUGGAAUCAGUGCAAAGAUAGCAGUUCCCACGCCCGAGUCGCGAGACCGCUUUUUCGAUGCAGUCUUCCGAGGCUGGCACAGCGGUGUAACUCACGAAAUCGCCCCCCCCCCCGAAUUCCCGAAGAGGAAGAAGCUGUGGGAAUCAUCUGUCGAGGGUGGGACUUGGAUCCAAGACCUCUUCGGAGAUACCAAACAAGACGAGCCCGCAGAGUCGCCGACCAAGAAGCGGAAGCGACAAGUCGAGGACAACCAAGGGUCGCCGAAGAAGAUGCGACAAGACCAGAAAGAUGCACGCCGCAGUAGUGCCAAGGCGUUUCUCUCCGUCAUCGUCAAUGAGAAGAGUGGUGAGCCGAGGUGGCAAUGGAGGGACAUUUGCGGCCAGGCCGCCCCCAACGACCUCGUUAAGUUCCGCGAAGGCCUCAUCUUGGAGGGCUGGAAGAUCCUAUGCCUGAAGAAUUAUGACUACCACGAGCAACGCCUGACCAAGAGUUGGUCAUGGCUUCGGCCAGACAGCUGA